GUUGUCAAAGUGUCAUCUUUGUAAAUUGUAAAUAUUUGAUGAAAUUAUUUGAUCCACAAAGUGCUAUUAAAACAUGCCAUUAGAAGUUAUUGGCCUGGGAUUAAAAGUCAAAGCCUUCUAGAUUUCUAAAAUUCGAGAAAAUGUCUUCGACCGAAAGAGAUGAACGUAGGGAACAGCAGGCUCAUGAGGAACCACAAGAAAACCAAGAAAUUCAAGAACAACAACAAAAUGUAUCACAAGAACAGAGAGAAGAAGAAGGAACUAGUUCUAAAAGAGAAAGAACAUUAGAAAGGAAAACCUCAGCAUACAGUCUGAGUUUGAGUCAGUACAUGGAGUGCAUGGAAAUGAGAGAGAGCACUGGCUACCAGGUGUACCCUGGAACAGAGAGAGAAGACUACGACUUCAACGCGGAGAGAUUUGGAGUUUACUCGACCAACCUUAUAGAAUCCACGGCUCACUUGGUGAAGGGAUGCCUCGGCGCAGGAAUCUUGAGCAUGCACGAAGCGUACAUGUUUGCAGGGUUGUGGACCUCUGUGAUCGUCACUAUCAUUCUAGCAACCAUUAUGUCACAUACGAUGAUGAUGCUCGUGAAAUCAGCUCAAAAGAUGUAUCCGUUGCUAAGAUUGCCACGACUUACGUAUCCAGAUCUGCUGGAGGUCGCUGUGGCCACGGGACCCUGGAAGGGUCUUAGGUGUUUCAGCAAAUGUUUUAGAUAUGCAGCAGACUUUUUCCUGUUCUUUCAAAUGUGCGGAACGUGUUGUAUUUAUGAAAUCAUGAUUGCAAACACUCUGAAAGGGGUUCUAGAAGCCGUAUCGGAUUCUUUACAGGAAUCAAAUUAUGAUGUAAGGAUAUACAUUUUGAUUAUAACAGUACCUCUGCUAGCGAUAUGUCUGAUAAGGAGUUUGAAAUAUUUGGCGCCAUUUGCAAUGGUGGCAGAUACUUUUGUGGCAAUUUGCGUGCUCACCACAAUAUACUACAGCUUGAAACAAGCCCAAAACAUCAGCGACCGUCCAGCUUGGAAGAGCUUUAGUGGAGUGAUCAGAUUUUGUGGCAUCUGUCUGUACAGCAUGGAUGGUAUUGGUGUUACAUUACCAGUGGAAAACAAUAUGGAGAGACCAAGAUACUUCUACGUGGUUGUGGCAUAUGGAAUGACGAUAGUAAUCACCUCAAUAACGAUAACGGGGUUCUUUGGUUACUGGGGAUGGGGCGAGGAGUGUACGAGCCCUGUAACAAUACACAUGCCAAUGACCGAUACUUUGCCGAUCAUUCUGCAGUUUUUGAUGGCGGCAAUGCUUAGCAUAACAUUCGCUGUUAAUUUUUGGGUCCCUUUUAGAGUUGUAUGGCAUUAUAUCGGACGAAAAUAUAAAAGGAAUCGUUGUUUUUGGGAGCGGAUAUUCAGAGCAACACACGUGAUAUUAAUAACAGCGAUCGCAAUCACCUUUCCACAUUUGAUCCAGCUAAUGAUAUUUAUCGGGAAUUUCCCUUUGGUCUUCAUCGCUUUCGUAUUUCCACCGCUGAUAGAAAGUCUCGUCACUUGGAAAGACGAUACUUUGUUCAAAGGAGUAGUCAGAUGGAGGAUUGUGAAGAACUGCAUAAUAAUAUUAUUUGGUUUUACUAUAAGCACAUCAAAUCUAGUCGCGUAUGGUGAAGGUUUAUGAUGUGGAAUGAAUAGGAAAUAAGUUGUAAAAUCUUAGUAUUUAUAUAUUGUAAAUAAAACAAAUAUAUAACUAGAA